AUGAGCAAUAGCACGGACCACAUCUCCCUCUAUGACUACGCGUCUGGUGCUGCCGCUGCUCCUGCUGCCACAGCCGAGCUUAGUGUCCGUUCCCACUGGCAGACUCGUGACGCAGCUGCUCGCCUAGCCAUUCGCAGUCACCUCCCGCUAGCUGAGCUCGAACAUUUUGGCGACUGCAAAUCCGCUAAGGCCCUGUACGACGCUGUCGUCGCUCGCUACUCCUCGCCUGCCACAGCCGAGCUUAGCCGCCUCAUGCUGCCGUACCUGUUCCCCGAUCUGUCCACCUUUACUACAGUCGCCGAUCUUAUCACCCACCUUCGCACUAGUGAUGCUCGCCUGCGUGCCGCCCUUCCCACCGAGUUCUGCGCUAAGAACCCCCCUCCACUGUACUGGACACUCCACUUCAUAGUCACCCGUCUCCCUGACACCCUCCGCUCAGUUCGAGACCACUUCCUUGCUCGCUGUCCCACUGAGCUCACAGUCGCCCUCCUAGAGGAGCACCUGCUCGCGGCCGAAAAGAGCAUUGUAGCUGUCGGUGCUGCUCGUGGCGCUCCUCGCACCCCCAUCUUUGAGGGGUGUUCUCCCUCUCCCCUCGCUCCCUCCUACGCUGCUGCUGCUGCUGUUGACUUCCUUGGUGCUGAGUCUGAGGUGGGGGAGGUGGGGGGGGAGGCGGUGCUGGAGGGAGCGGUGGCGGGAGCGCUGGUGGGAGUGGGGUCGGUGGUGGAGGCGGGGGCGGCGGAGGAAGCAGUGGCAGUAGUGGCGGCGGCGGCGGUGGCGGCGGUGGCGGUGGUGGCGGUGGUGGCGGUGGCGGUAUAG